UGGCCCCGCCCCCUGGAACUCUGCAACAAGUGCAACAAUGAUGCUCGCCGACUCAAUCCUCCGAGAAAGAACGCUUGUCUGUGGAUGUGCGGUGGACGUCUUCUGGGUAACGUUGGGAAACGUCGCAUGAUUCACUGUUUCCUGCGCUCCCUCGACUUAUAACGAGUUCUGCCGGUUCGCAAAAGUGAAAUGAGAAACCCCGCUGCCGUUGCGCAACUCUGAAGUUUAUUAUUGAGCUAGCUUAAGUUUGCUAGCGCGGUGGGUCUGAGAAGUCAGCCAGCCAAUAGUUGUCGGGAUGUUAGGGGGGGACUAGAGUAGAGAGUCGAGGCUCCGCUCCCGUCGGGCUUUUUUUUUUUUUUUUUUUUUGGCCCGACAUGUUUUCUGAGGGGACAAAAAACGAAGCAGCGACCUCCCUGGAAGACGGAGAGUCCUCCAUGAUGGAUAAAAGACCCAAACGGCUUCUUUUGAUGUGAGAAGAAAGGGCAGAAGGAGAACAUCUGUCACCAUGAGCAGGGCAGAUCAAAAGGAAAGGGUCUUGUCUGACUCUCACCCUUGUCUCCAGAGCUCAAAAGCUGAUCCCCUGAUCCGGAACAGACCACUUAGUGACAUAUAUCCAUUUCAGAACCAUGCUGAGAGGGGUUCGGUCCCAUAUCUGCUGUCUGGGUGUGGUGCCGAUGUACAACCUAUGAUCCCCGGUCCUCGUUCAGAUGAGAGCCGAGUGAAUGGCGUCAAGUCUUCUGCCUGGUCCAGUUCUGUUUCAGGUCUACACGACAGAAAACCUUACUCUUCAAAAAUUAUGAGGCUGUUUUCUAAUUCAAGAAAAGGUCCUGGAUCUCUACACACUCCUGCUCCUGACAGUCCAAAUGCUGCCCACAGCAGCAGCAGCAGCUCUCAGCCGUGGACCGGACUGUCAGGGUUUGGGGUGGUAGACUCAUUUAAAAAGCUCAGAUCAUCUGUGCUACAAGGUAUUCAGACUAAAGGGGCAGCAAUCCAUUAUGGAGACCAUGACCAUGACAUGACCAAUGGCUCUGAUUUAAACCAUACUAACUGUGAUUUAGCUGAUGCUGCAAGUUAUUUAAACACUUCAGAAGGAUGCAGUGUGGCUACAGCAGAUGUUCCAAGCCAAAUGUUUGCUGCCAUUCACCAGUACAGUUCAGACGUGGAGGAUUGUGAUGAAGAAGACUACGAAUUUGAUGAAUUCUCUCGAAACCAGCGAUUCUCGAGGAGUAUCCGAAGAGCGUACGGAGCAGGACGCAUCUCUUUAUCUGACAAGGUGAAUCUGCGACAAGCAGGAGGUAGCAACCGUGAAGCUGGAGUUACGCCGCGGGAACCAAAUCCGACAUCCAAAGCCAAUGCAAGAACUGAGAACGUGGAUGAAAACACAAAUGUGAAGGUUUUAAAUAGACUCAGUAAAAGCGCAGAGAACAUUCAUUUAUUUAAAGCUCCUUUUAGACGCAAAGCCCCAUCUUCAAGUCCUCCACCUCCACAGGAAGACUUGCAGAGAAAUGGUUUAUCCAGUGGGACACCAAACAUUCAAAGGACUUCAAGUGCCUCUUCAGUAGACCUGCGAUCCAGUGUGAGGAACCACAAGAGUGGCCUCUGGAAGACCAAGGGAUCCAUGCUGAAGCUAGUUGGCAGCAUGACUGACCUAACUGCUAGACGUAGGGGAAGUUCCUCCCCUGGACCCCCAUCUCCGCCUCCCUUGUCACCAUUGAGCCGUCUCCAUGACAACUAUUCUCGCCGUGUCCCUUGCCUUAAAACCAACGAGAGACAGCGUAGGCCUGUGGCCGUCAAUGUCUCUUCUGUUCAACACACGCCUCUUGUUCAUCACCGGCCCGAUUGCGACGGAGGCUCAGAGGAAGAUUGCAAUAUCGACAGUGUUUUCUUGGAGCCCUCGGAGACAAUAGAGCAGAUCUCAGCGGAUGAGUCUGCUCAGCAUGAACGUCUGGAUUUUGAGUCUGUGAGCACAUCUAAAGAAAAGGUCCAAAGCCCUUCAUCUCCACAAAACCAAAGAAAUCCUUCACAACACCAAGAAGAGAAUAACAGCAACUUGUUACCAAAUCAGGUGGAAUCCCAUCACGAAGGAUCAGAAGCACUUCUAAGGGACGACGUGUCUCCAGCAGCAAGCAGCACCGCUCUCGUGUCCCCGACCCACCUCUCAGAGUCACCUGUGUCACCCACAUCUUCUGAAGAUGCAGCCUCACCCUCUGCCGAAACACCCUCUGUCAAACCCAGGAGGAGAACUGUGCGCCCCAGACCGCGCCCCUUAUCCGACUACGUGCAGCUGGUUUCCAGGAAGCAUCCCAUCCCCGAGGAAGCAGCAGAGCUAAAUCAUGAAGAAAGGACAGCAGACACUCUGUCGCAGAAAGGUUGCAGUGAUUUUGAGAAUGAAAGCAGCCCUAAAAGCUACAGCAUGAGUGGCGGCGCCCAGAUACAGCGCCGCAUGUCGGUGGCCGGAGCUGUUGAUUUGUUUCCUGCAGACGCACAACUGAAGGAGGAACACCUCCCCCCUCCUUUGUCGCGCCCACCCAUCCCCUCCCACCAGGUUCCCCCCUACAAAGGAGUGUCUGCCAGGUUCCGUCCCUCUGUUCUUUCCCAGAGCACCCCCAUCGGACUGGACCGCGUGGGCAGGCGCAAACUCCACAGAGUGCUCAGCGAUGGCAGCUCCGAGUGCUCUGCCACCCUGGAUGACAGCGUGAGUGAGGAGGAUGAGGGCAGCUUCGAUGAACUCACUGAUGUCACACCCUACCUCGGGCCGGGGGUGGAGCUUUCUGCACUCAACGAGUGGAUAAACUCUGGCCACACUGUGUAUGCUGAGGCUCUCUGGGAUCAUGUGACAAUGGAGGAGCAGGAGCUAGCCUUCAAGGCUGGAGACGUUAUCCGCGUCCUGGAUGCCUCGCAUAAGGAUUGGUGGUGGGGCAGAGGAGCUGACAGGGAAGCCUGGUUUCCCUCCAGCUUUGUAAGAGUGCGUGUGAACCAGGAGGACUCGGGUGCUGAAAGUGUUGAGAGUGUGGCAGAUCAGCAAGACCCACCCAACAGGGACACGCACAACAACCAGCACAGGAAGCAGAUGAGAUCCAAUGUUGUUCAGGAAAUCAUGAACACCGAACGCAUCUACAUUAAACACCUCAAAGACAUCUGUGAGGGAUACAUCCGUCAGUGCCGGAAACACCCUGACAUGUUCACCGAGCAACAGCUGAAGAUUAUCUUCAGCAACAUUGGAGAUAUUUACCUGUUUCAGAGGCAGUUCCUUCGAGAUCUGGAAAAAAAAUACAACAAAGAGCAACCGGAUCUGAGCGAAAUCGGCUCCUGCUUUCUCCUGCAGGGGGAAGGCUUUUCGAUCUACUCAGACUACUGUAACACUCACCCUGCUGCCUGUGCGGAGCUGCAGCGCCUCAUGAAGUUGGGGAAAUAUAAGCAUUUCUUUGAGGCCUGUCGCCUCCUCCAACAGAUGAUUGACAUUUCCAUUGCUGGCUUCCUGCUCACACCCGUCCAGAAGAUCUGUAAAUACCCGCUGCAGCUUGGAGAACUGCUCAAGUACACUCCCAAAGACCACAGUGACUACUGUGGGGUCAGUAAAGCAUAUGAAGCUAUGAAGAACGUGGCCAGUUUGAUCAACGAGAGGAAGAGGCGGCUGGAGAGCAUCGACACAAUCGCUCACUGGCAGGUUUCCAUUUUGCACUGGGAGGGGCCGGACGUGCUGGAGCGCAGCUCUGAGCUGAUCCACUCCGGAGAGCUGACUCGAGCCGUCCGGCAGAGUAAGAUGCAGCAGCGGAGUUUCUUCCUGUUUGACCACCAGCUGGUUUUCUGCAAAAAGGAUGUCCUGCGCCGAGAUCUCCUCCACUACCGCGGACGGCUGGACAUGGACAAGACCGAGGUCUUGGACGUGCCUGAUGGGCGGGACCCAGACCUGGGCCUGAACCUGAGGAAUGCCUUACGCCUGCGCCACGCCUUCACUUUAGAGUUCAUGUGUGUGCUGUGCUGCAGAAAAGCUCAGGACAAGCAAAGGUGGCUGCAAGCCUUUUCCAAAGAGCGGCAGAGAGUCAAGGAUGACCAAGAGAUGGGAAUAGAAAUCAGUGAAGAGCAAAGAAAACAGGCCAUCAUUAAUGCCAGAAGAGCCAAACAUGGGAAGAUGAAGAACAUUGGUUACUCUGGGUCUGCUGCGCCCCACCAUCAGAACCUCCCUCCUCUUCAGCAGCGCCACAUCACCAUUCCAACCAGCGUGCCUGAGCAGCAGGUCUUCACUCUGGCCGAACCUCCCAAACAAAAGCCCCACCACCUGCUGUACACAUUCACCCGUAAUGCCUUUUUCAGGAAAUGACGUGCGGCUUCAUUCAUCUUCCCUCUCUGCAUGUUCAGAGCUCGCAUUAAACACCUGGUUUCUUUUUCUGUGAAUGUACUGUCAGGUUUUGUUCUUGUGCCACGGUGUGGUUUUUUUCUGUGUUCAAAGUCAGUGCCUGUAAUUUGGAAAGGGCUUGACGAGUGUUAAAAUACCUUAAUGUCUAUUUUAUUAGUUUGUUAAAGAUGCUGCUUACUCAAAUGAUGCCCAUGUUUUUUAUUUUAGCUUAAAGAUCUUUUUUCAUUUGAGUCAUGACAAAGAUAUAAUAUUAUUCUGCUUUUACACUGACAGACAUGGUUUUAGUUUAAUAUGCAAAGGCUGGACCCUUUUUUUUUCCUUUUGUGCCGUCAUCUCAGCACAAAAUGACCAGUGUAUUAAAAACACAUCUGCAUAUCAUGUUUAACGCUGUAAAUAAACACUUAUACAAACAUA